AUGUUAUUGAUCGAUGCCUGGACGUACUUUAUGUUAGAAUACUUUUUGUUAUUCGGUGGAAAAGAAGAUCGGUUGCUGUUUUUUUGGCUAGUCGACUCUUCUAAUCCAUUUGUUGUAGGUUUUUCUCAUAACUGGACUGGCCCAUGUGUAGAUAUGUUUCAUAGUCUCACGAGCGGACUUCCUUUUAGGUUUGCCGAACCUGAUUCCGAAGAAAACAUUUCAUUCGAGGAUUACACGUCUAGCAGCGGAAUCCCAGUUGUGAAGAAUGGGACUGUGUUAAAACUUGUGGAGCGACUAACAUAUCAUCAGUACACAGAUAACAAGUAUGUACAGACAUUCCUUAUUUCGUACCGAUCAUUUUGUACGCCGAGCGAGUUGCUUGAAAUGCUUAUUGAGCGUUUCAAUGUACCAAUCCCUAAUAAACUCAUCCAAAACCAAGAGAUGAAAGGUGGUCCACUAGCUGGUCGAUAUGAUACGGUACAAUCCCACGGCUUAUCAGGUGGCUUGAUGUUUUCUGCGUUUAAUGAACAAAGUUAUCAGCGAUUCAGGAAAGAAUAUGAACGGCCAAUACAGAGAAGAGUGCUGAGCGUUCUUCAUCAAUGGGUGAAAAAUCACUGGUAUGAUUUCGAGAACGAUCCGACCUUACUGGAAGCACUCGAGCGGUUUCUGCAAGCGUCUUGCGACCAGAAGCUUACCAAUCAACAUAAGAAGUUCUGCAAGAACAUCAUUGUUCGUUUUAACGUGAUAGAAAAGAAGCAGAAGCAGCAAGAAUUUGAGGGUCACGUGAACACAGCAUUCGACUUCGAAGAUGCUAGCGUAUUUCAACCAAAGAAACCAGAGUUGUUUCAGCCUGUUUGGCACGUAGCUAAACAAGGCGAUGUUGCCAACUAUGACCUGCUAACACUGCAUCCUCUCGAAAUAGGGAGGCAGUUGACAUUGCUUCACUUUGAUCUCUAUCGGGCUAUUAAACCGAUCGAGUUGGUUGGUGCGGCGUGGACAAAGCACGACAAAUAUAGAAGGAGUCCUCAAUUGCUAAAGCUCACCGAUCAUUCAACAUUACUAACUUAUUGGGUGUCACGUUCUAUUGUGGAAACGGAGUCACUAGAAGAACGAGUUGCAAUGUUCACUCGUGUAUUAGAGGUAAUGUCUGUGUUUGAAGAGUUGCACAAUUUCACAGGACUUGUUGCCUUCCAGUCGGCUUUAAAUUCGGCAUGCGUUCAUCGGCUUUCCUGGUGUUGGGAGCGUCUCGAUCAUGAGAAAGUGAAGACCUACGAUCGUUUCACGAAACUAUGUGAACCGCGCUAUAUUGAGAUGCAGAAGCGGAUACAGUCCAUCAAUCCGCCAUGUGUACCAUUUUUUGGGCACUACCUUUCGAACAUAUUCUUCUUUGAAGCUGGUAACAGUACGUUCGUGAAGUCGCCUGGUGGUACUACAAGUGAGCAGUCUCCACCUGCAUCGAAUAAGAAGGUGCUGGUUCAGUUCUUGAAGUGCCGCCGUAUAUCUGAUCUGAUUCGCGAGAUACAGAUGUAUCAAAAUCAGCCAUACGCUUUACAAGUGGAGAAGAGUAUCCGGGUAAGUUGUUUUGCUUUCAGAACAAUGUCAUAG